UCAUUUGUGUCAUCUGUUUUUCUUGCAACACAUACCUUUAUAGCGACUCACCAUGAGUCCCUCUCUUACCUCUAUAGCGACCCACCAUAAGUUGUUAAAUUGCUAUACUUUUAACGCCUAACAGACUGUCGCUACAAAAGUAUUUAGCGAUCAACCAUUAGUGCAUAACUUUUAGCAGCCAACAGUUGGUACCUAAUAAAGAUCGCUAAAACUCAACCAUCAUGUAGUGAAUGUAAAUUGAAAAGAAGUAAGACAUUAGUAGAUUGUUUGGUUCAAGUUAGAUAACUCAUGGUAUCCCAUCACACUCUAAUGGGAGGCGUACGUUCCAUUUUCUAUAACAUCCAUAUCCGAUUACUGGGUAGUAGAUUACGUUGUGGCCCGAACAAACACGAUGUAGCAGUUGCAGCUGUAAUUAAAUUACGUUACGUUGCACUGAACCAAACCGGAGCAGUUUCCAACUCUAUAUGGGUCACAAAACUGAAGAGGUACGAAAUAAUAGAAUGAAAAUACGCAUUAUAUUAACGAUGGAUGGAUGUUUCGUAUAUGUUUCAUUUUAAUGUAUGUAUGAAGGGGCAGUAUUAUAAAAAAUAUAUCACUAUAUCAUGGAACUCGGCUUCAUUUGCAAUUGAGCUGUCCUGGCUUCGUUUUCUACCUUGCUGUAAGCAGUUGCAAGGACAGUCAAAGGUCAAGAGCUUGCAUUGGCGGGGUGAGAGAUGAUGAACCCCACCCACACAUGAAUGGACAUGGCUAGCUCACCCCCACAUGCCCCAACUAAACCCAACCAGAAAUCCCUCGUUUAACCAACCGACCCCUUCCUAAUCCGCCGUGCUUGUCAAAUCAAAUUAAUGAGAUGUACUACGUAUAUAAAAACCACAAAACCCCCCUCCGAUCCUUUGCCUACCAACAUCCACACACUUGCAUGCAAGAUAGGCAGCAGCCACUUGUAGAGAGAUUCUUCCUCUACAACUGAGGCAGCAGGGCACCGUGCAAGCAACAAGCGACGACGACUAGCAGCUGAGGCAGAGCACACCAAACGGCCCGGGAUGUCAACCAGAGCGCGCGGCGGCGGGAGGCAGUUGCAGUUCCCGGUGGGGCGGCGCCGCCGGUACGCGCCGGUGGUCGACGCCGAGUGCGGGUGCCGGCCGCGCCGCCCGAGGCUGCUCAGCCUGCCGUCCUUCCUCAGACGGCCCUGCAGCCAGCUGAUGGACGGUGUUAAGGCGGCUGCGACGACGACGACGACGAGGGGCGGCGUCGGCGAGCAGUACUCCUCCUGCGCCUCCACCUCCACCGCCGCCUCGUCGGCGGCCACACGCAGCACCGGCGGCUACGCGUCGGCCUACUCCUCCGACUACUACUACUGCUACCCCUCGCGCGUCGCAUACGGAGCUGGAGCCGCAGCCAAGGCGCAGCAGGCGACCAAGAAGAAGAAGAAGGAGAAGGAGAAGCGGGGCGAGAAGGCGGAGGCGGAGGCGGACGGCUUGGGCGUGGCGGUGGAGAAGGAGUCGUCGGACCCGCGCGCGGACUUCCGCGACAGCAUGGUGCAGAUGGUGUUGGAGAUGGGGCUGUGCGACUGGGACGGCCUCCGCGGCAUGCUGCGCCGCCUGCUCGCCCUCAACGCGCCGCGCCACCACGCCGCCAUCCUCACCGCCUUCGCCGAGGUCUGCGCGCAGCUCGCCGGCGCGGCGGCCGCUGCCGCUCCUCCUGCGCACCCGUCGCCGCCAGCGCCGUGCCAGUACCGGCGCUAGCUGAUGACGAUAGCGUCCACCCUGCCCGCUCGUGCCGGCCGGGCUGCUGCUCUGGUGACAGGGAUAGAUUUCUCGGAGCAGAGGACAUUUUUUCUUUAGCCGUGGUUAGUCAGGAAACUAAAGCUAAUCAACGACAUAUAAAUAUAGCAGUAAUAAAGUGGUGUGUGGCAGCUAGCUAGCGUUAAUAGACUAGCUAGCACCAUGUCCUUGAUCCCAGUCGUAGUUGAUGAUUGAGUUGCUUGCUUGUCUACGAGCUAUGGCCACACCAAUCCCUGGAUGGGAGAAGGGCGUGACGAGAUCAGCCGAGUCUACACAAUCCGUAGCUGUAAUCUGUACACGUAUGUUGUGAAUUGUACGCGUGUUUACGUGUCUGUUAAAAAUUAGUCUUGGUUUGAUUCAA